CGUGUCUUUACUUCCCUGUUUCUUCUGGAAUUCGAUCUUAUAUUCGAUAGAUCCAUCUAGCCGGACAUUGAAGGCCCUACAGACGAGAAGACUACCCACAUAUCACGAGACAAGCCAUGUAUGGAUCCGUACGUUCGUGAUACGGUUUACAUACUCAACAUCGAGUGGCAUCCUUGAGAGCCACCCGAUAGUCUCAUCGCAGACAAGAACGAUCAAUCUACCAACAAGAGAAGGCCAAAAGGACCUUCACCAUCAAGACCGACACAAAAGACCACAGCAAAAAUGCCUCUCCCAUCCUUCCUCAAGAAGGUCGUCGACACCAUCGCCCCACCGCCCAGCAAAUCCUCCGAUGGCCGCGACCAAUGGCCCUCCCGCGCCGCCUUCCUCCUCGCCGCCAUGGGCGGCUGUGCCGGCCAAGGAAACCUCCUCCGCUACCCUUCCGUCGUCUACAACAACUACGGCCUCCAAUGGUUCAUCCCCUAUCUCCUCGCCGUCUUCCUCAUCGCCAUCCCAGCCUUAAUCCUCGAAGUCUCCAUCGGCCAGGCCUACCGCGGCGGCAGCAUGAUUGCUUUCAAUGGCAUCAAUCGCCGACUCCGAGGUGUAGGAAUCGGACCUGUCUUUGUCAGUUUCGUGGUCGUGCAGUAUUUCACUGUAAAUCUGGCCUGGAUCAUGAGUUAUUUCAGGCAUUCGUUCACGAGUCCUUUGCCUUGGGAGGGGAGGAUUAAUGAGUUUUAUGAUGAUGAUGUUGUGGCGAAUCCGACGCCGCCUGCUGGAAGUUUGACGCCUGGUGGAGGCAGCGUGGCGAGCUAUACACAGUACAAUGAUGUUGCACUGAUUGGGGAGACGGUCGGGUGGUCCGUGUUCAUCUGGUUUAUCAUGUGGCUGUCCAUCGUCAGAGGAGUGGGAUUGACUGGCCGUGUGGUGUAUUUCAGCAUGGGGAUUCCGAUUGUCACGACUAUUAUCUUUGUGGGACGAUCUGUGAGUCUGGAGAAUGCUGGAGAGGGAAUUCGACUUCUUUGGGCGACGUGGAGAGGCGAUCAAUUGAAAUCUGGAACUGUCUGGCAGACUGCUGUGGGUCAGGUCUUUUUCAGUACAGGAAUCGGCUUCGGAUACUUCACUUCGUACGCAUCGUACAAUCAGAAGUAUUCGAAUGCGGUCAUGGAUUCGUUGUUGAUCUGCGGAAGCAAUGUCCUGUUUGAGAACUUUGCAGCUUUUGCGGUAUUUGGAGUUGUCGGGUUUCUUCGACUUUGGCCUCAGGAUGGCGAGAGACUGGGAGCUUUCGUUGUUGGAUUCUACACACUUCCGGAAGCUGUAUUGCAGAUGCCUGGAGCUAACUUCUGGGCAUUCCUCCUCUUCUUUACCUUGAUCGUCCUCGGAUACAGCUCUGCAUUCGUGAUGCUGGACGUGGUCGCGACCAUGAUUUGCGAUGCGAACACCAAAGUUUCACGACCUUGGGUGGUCACGGGUCUGACUAUCUUCUCGUUCUUGCUCUGCUUGCCUUACUGCACGCAAUUCGGCUACUACCUCCUGGACGGCGUCGACAGAUGGGUCAACAAUGUUGCUCUGAUCUUUGUGGUCUUUGCUGAAGUUGUCGGCUCUACCACCAUCUACCGCUGGACGGAUGUGGUCGAGCAGACUGGACUUCCGUCGUUCAUCACCUACAACUUGGCGUACUUUGGAGGUCUUCUUAUUGGUAUUACCGUUGCACAUGGCACUGGCUCGCCGCCGAUUGGUGUAGGUGCUGGUUUUGGGUUCUUCAUCGUCUGCGCAGUAGUUGCAGUUCUCAUCGCCAGGACACCAAGUAUACGUGCAGCGAGGUUUUGGGGCAAUAAUGCUUUCACUAGCAAAUUGUGGUAUCUUGCAUUCUACUCGGGCAACCAACUGCGUCGAGAUCUCAAUCUCAUCGUCGGUCGUGGCAAGAACUGGAGAAUUCCGGUGUUCUGGCCGAUCCUGCUUCGAUACAUCAGCGGUCCGGUCCUUGCAAUCAUCUUCAGCUUUGCAUUCCCAGAAUUCCACACUCUGCGCUAUGAUCCAAUGAUGAUCACGGGUUUCAUCUUGUCCAUGAUCGGCCUGUCAGCAAUCGUGUUCGGCUGUGUCUUCCCGAGAUAUUACGGCAAGCUGCUUCCUCCAGAGAGACGUGAUGAUUCGCUGAAAGCCACGAUCGCGCAAGAGCCUGGCUUUACGGAAGAGGAAGUACUGGAUACGGUUGUCGAGCCAUCUUCUGAUGUCGAAAAGUCGGAUGGAGAGACUGGCUCGGAACCCAAGGGGAAUUGAAAGGAUUCGAAGCACGUUCUAUAAUCCAUUAUCGAUAUUGGCGUGAGCCCACUUCUUGCAUUUCACUGAUUGCCGACAUCUGUCGUACUGGACAUGAGGUGAACAAGAGGCUUCACUCACACUAUCAUGCAACUCUUGAGCCACUGUAGAGACAGCAGAACCAGCAGUUGGGGUCUGUGUGCAGUGUGAUGUGUAAUGCGCGAUACAAAAGCGUGUAUCGUAUGGAGAACGAUAACUACAAGAAGUAAGCGAUGAUCCUUCCAGUGCACG